GUCCUUCUGACUGUGAUAUAUAUGUAAGACAAACUAAUGUUCUGUGCCCUGAAACAGGUAGGCUUUAGGCUGCCAAAAGGCUUUCUUAUUGUUCAGAGCAUUGUUAAAUGCUAAUAAAAUGUUAACCAUUUUAUGAUAUCAUGUAUGCACUUUAUGACUCACCAGUACACAGGAAAAAAAAAGCUUUUUUUUUUUUUGUAAGAGGAUGAGAUAUGCUAUUUUUGUGUAAGAACAACAUGUAGAACGCAUUGGAUAUAAUUACAGGUGUUCUCACAGUUGGUAUUAGAGCCUUGUCCUUAGCUGAUACAAGGAGGAAUUGUUCUUCUGGUGUACAAAUGCUGAGCGAAGUACUGAAAAAAUACGCUGGUUUCCGUUUAGAUCUCUGAGAAGCAUUAAAACUGAUGAUAAACUCCUUACAGUACCCACCAUAGCUGCAAAGACUAGACAUUUGGAUGACUGACAGAUAAUUGCUCCGAUCUAGCACAGUCGUUUGCAGUUAUGCCCAUGGUAUGAUGGACUUGUCAGAAGAGCUUAUCUCACUGGAAAUUAUACUCUGCUGAAUGCAGUUUCACUGUCUUAUUUUUUAACUUUGCUAUUGGGUUUGAAAUAGGAUUUGUUGUGCUCCAAUAUCUUUUCUUGGAUGAUGACUAACAGAAGUUACUAGAUGUGUGAGGAGAGACCUUAACAUUAAAGAUUUGAUUGGUUGAGUAGUCAUAUGCAUAGUCUCCGUACAAAACACUUGUUCAUGCUAACCCUACACACUAACAAGCUCAAGUUUUCCUGACAUACAGAUACGAUGUAUGGAAAUAAGUACUGUCAAAAGAUUGUUUAUUUCUCUGCUUAACUCUUAAAGAAGUAACUAAAGGUUUUGCUUUUGGCAUCUGUGGGAGAAAACUGUCUUAGAGCAAGGAGCCAAUCUAUAUUUAAAUCCCACUGUUGUAAGUUUGCUGUGAUCACACAGCUGAGCACGUGCUUCUUUUUAGAUCUCUCCAGGCGCUGCCAUGCGAUCACAUUCUCCUAAGAUCUUUUUUACAAAGUUAAUUUUUGGUGACAGAUGAAAGAUUCUUGGCUGGUGUCCUUAGAGACUCUGGCCCUAUUUCCACUAGCUGAGGUUCUGCCUCCUAAGUUAGCUGAAGUUUUGGUGUUUGAUUUUUAUUUUUUUAAUUCUUAUUUUUCCCUGUCUUUUGUUUCUACUUCUGUUAAUCAGCUUUGUGUUACAUAGCAAUGGAAAUAAGCCCACUAAUUUCUCUGAAGAAUUUCCUGCUUCAUGUCACCAGAGACACAGAUGAAGAACUUGCUCCUUCUGUUCCUGCUAGCAGAGAUGCUGCCUUCUGCAUUUUUAGGCCAUAGGAUGAGGCGGCAGACUGGUGUUUGGGGAAGCUGGGGUGAAUGGGGCAAGUGCAGUCGGAGCUGUGGUGGUGGAGUCAGUGUUCGGCAACGGCGCUGCUACUUCCAAAGGACAGAAAGUGCUUCCAGUUGCAUUGGACCAACUCGAAGCUAUCGCUCAUGCAAUAUUCAGAGCUGUCCGGAAAGUUCCAGAGAUUUCCGGGCAGAGCAGUGUGCAGAGUUUGACGGGACAGAAUUUCAAGGAAAGAAAUACAAGUGGCUUCCGUAUUAUGGAGCACCCAAUAAGUGUGAGUUAAACUGUAUUCCGAAGGGAGAAAACUUCUACUACAGACACAAGGAAACUGUGAUAGAUGGAACUACUUGUGAACCUGGCAAGCGGGAUAUUUGUGUAGAAGGAGUUUGUCAAGCUGUUGGCUGUGAUAACAUACUAGAAUCUACCAAGAAGGAGGACAAAUGCCUACAGUGUGGAGGAGAUAACAGCACCUGCUAUGAUGUGAAGGGUACUUUCGAUGUGCCCAACCUCCCCAAAGGGUACAAUCAAAUGUUCAUCAUCCCUGUGGGAGCCACCAGCAUCCAAAUCAAGGAGGUUAUGCCAAGCAGGAACUUUAUAGCUGUCAAGAAUGUGCAAGGGGAUUAUUAUCUGAAUGGGCAUUGGACAAUUGACUUCAGCCGAACGCUACAUAUAGCUAGCACAGUUAUGCACUAUGAUCGUGGCUCAGAAGGUGAUCUUGCCCCAGAGCUCCUCCAUGCCAGGGGUCCCACCACAGAGCCCUUGGUCAUUGAGCUCAUCAGUCAGGAGCCAAACCCAGGAGUACAGUAUGAAUACUACCUGCCUACACACAGACAGUCCACAGGUUACAGCUGGAGCUACAGUUCCUGGAGUGAGUGCAGCUCUGAGUGUGGAGGAGGCUUCCAAUCCCGUUUGGUGUUUUGUACCAUAGACAAUGAGAUUUAUCCAGACUAUAUGUGCAGUAACAAACCACGACCAGACAGUAACCGGACAUGUGGCCAUCAGGCUUGUCCCCAAACAAAAAGGACUUCUUACAUCUCUCCGCCACAAGCCUGGAGCCACGGUGGAGCACGGAGCUCUCAGAUGAAGAGGUGGAAAACAGGGGAGUGGGGACCCUGCUCAGCUACCUGUGGUGGAGGCACCCAGACUCGCUCUGUUUACUGUGUAGCAUUUGAUGGUCAGAACUCCCAAGGUGUUGUGGACAACGCUGAGUGUAUGGCCUUUGCACAGCAGCCUCACAGCAGUCAGCCCUGCAACAGGAGACAGUGUGCAACCUGGAGCACAGGGCCCUGGUCAGAGUGCUCAGCCAGCUGUGGGGAAGGUGUCCAGACCCGGACAGUCACCUGCAGAACGCAGCGGGGCUCUCAGGCUCAGGACUUUGCUUGUUUGAUGGAACCAAAGCCACCAGCCACCCAGCCCUGCCUUAAGGAGAACUGCAUCCAAGAAGUCGGCUGGCACGUUGGAGACUGGGGCCUGUGUUCAAAGAGCUGCAGUUCAGGCAUCCGGACACGCCAAGUUAUCUGUGCUGAUGGUGACUCCAAAUUCUACAGUGCUGAUAUAUGCAAAGCCAUCCAACCACAGAAGCCAGCCACCCUGGAUAGCUGCAACGUGCAGCCUUGCUACCUGCCACAGCAGGUCCCCAGUAUGCAGGACACUAUGGGAUAUGAUAUCAGUCGACAGUCUUUGCUGACGCGUUACAACCCAAACAGCCCUCCCACAGAUUCUGGUGAUGGAAGGUUGCUCCCUGGGAGCUCUGCAGUUCACAGCAGCUCUAGGAAUCACCACAUCAAUUCCACUGAGGACCAUGGCAUCAACUUGUUGCCUGUUCGCUGGGAAUCCCAGUCACGAUCAUCAAAUUAUCAUCAGCUCAGCACCACUCAGCACCCCACUGCAGGAACCAGAUCUCAGAACUGUUAUCAGACCCCACAUGGCUGCUGUCCAGAUGGACACACUCCAGCUUCAGGCCCUUUGGGGAGAGGUUGUUCCUUCAACACCUGUCACCAGAACAGGUAUGGAUGCUGUCCUGAUGGAGUAUCAGCUGCCCAAGGUCCAAACAACGUGGGAUGCCCACAGCAUGACAGUGAUAUUCAUAUGAGAAGAAAUCAGCCUGCUGCAGCUGUUCCAACAGCAAGCCAAGCCUUAUCCCAGCAGCACCCCUCUGGCGAGUGCCGCAGUUCAGUGUACGGCUGCUGUUUUGACAGUGUCGCUUCGGCUGCAGGUCCUGAAGGGGAAGGAUGUCUCAAUAGGCCCAACUACCCAUAUCCUGUCAUGUGCCUGCUGCCCAGUGCUCACGGCCCCUGUGCGAACUGGACCACUCGCUGGUACUUUGUGACUGUUGUUGGCAAGUGCAACCGGUUCUGGUAUGGUGGCUGCCAUGGCAAUAAAAACAGCUUUGCCUCAGAGGAGGAAUGCAUGAGAGUGUGUCAUAGCUCUGUGGGGAUUAGUCCCUUGGAGCACCAGCCCUCUUCUGGCACAGGAGCCCUGCAACGGCAGGACACUGGCUCUCAUUUUCAUAUGGGUGCUGCUCAGGGUAAGCAGCAGCACCUGCCAAGAGAGUCUUCAAGUCAUGGCCAAGAAGGAAGAUCCUAUGGGGCUUCAAACCCCUCGCAGAACAGACAUGGAGAGAACUACUGGAGAAGGCAGGUGCUGCCAGAAGCUUCGCAAAAAUCUGGUGUGAUGGAGAGCCAGCAAUGGGGCACCCAGCAAAGUAGAUUGAAAAGCCUGAGCCAGCUGCACUUGACAGGGGAAACAGCAGUGCCUGGGCCCUCCCAAAAGCAGAGUAGCAGUGGCCAACAGGUGCUGCCACGUGAAGGCAAGCAGUGGCAUAAGGCUUCUGGAACAGACGUUUCUGUGACAGAGAGCUUUGGGCACCAGGUGUCUGCAGACUCCUUCCCAGCACAGAAUCAGCACAGAACCAUUCUGGAGGAAGCCAAGCUCUCUCUUGUGACAGCAGUCAAGGGACAAAACAUUCAACUGGUCUGCAAGGCAAGCAUGUCCCCCUUCUCCAGGGUGGAGUGGAUGAAGGAUGGCCAGACAGUCUCCUCUGACAGGCACACCUACCAGUCUGACAGCUCUUUAGUUAUCAGCCACGUCAAGCUGGAGGAUGCUGGGACUUACACAUGCCUCAUUUCUGAUGGGAGGACAGAGAGACGGCGGCAGAUUCAGCUACAGAUCAUAGAGUACCAGAGUGCUGUUCUGGCAGAGGGUGAGAGAGGUCAGGUCCUUCACAAGGAAAAUCAGCAGCACCGAGAGCUACCCAGAGACGGGAAGGUUGUACAGGCAGCCGGUUCCUCUGUGCAUCAGCAAUUCACAUAUAGGUUGAGAAUGGACAAGAGCGAGCCCUCAGUAGUGGAGGCCAAAGUUGGGGAGAGAGUCAGACUGCCCUGCACAGUGGAAGCAUCUCCAGCUCUCACCAUUGAGUGGCGGAAAGAUGGGCAGCCCCUCUCCCCUCCCAGACACAGACAGCAGUCAGACGGGGCCCUGGUGAUCAGCCGGGUUAGCUCUGAGGACGCCGGCUUCUUUACCUGCAUCGCCUCGAAUGGACGUGACCAGGACCAGCGGCAGGUCCUGCUCCGACCUCUAGGAGGACUGAGGAUUACUGGUCUUCUGCCAAGCAUUAAGGUAUCUGAAGGAGAAACUGCUCAACUUCAUUGUACAGUGACUGGCAACAAUGUGAAUAUAAGGUGGUCAAGAAAUGGAGUCCCAGUGAGGGCAGAUGGCCGCCGCGUCCACCUGUCCCAGGAUGGAAGCCUGACCAUAAGCAAUGUUCAGUUGGCUGACGAGGGAUCCUACACAUGCAGCGCCUACAGCAGCAGCAACUCUGUCAGUGCCAGCACAGAGGUGAAAGUGCUGAGGAGCAGGCCCAGCACAACUGUGAAUCACGUUGUGGACCCGAGCAGAGAAUGUGUGGACCAGCCGCACCUCGCCAACUGUGGGCUGAUCGUGCAGGCCCAGCUCUGCAGUAACGAGUACUAUGCCAGCUUCUGCUGUGCCAGCUGCUCUCGCUACCAGCCACGCGACAGCCCUCCUCAUCGCAGUGGGUGACAGACACCACCAAGGCCGUGUGGAACAGCAGGUGACAAGACAAGAAUUUUGAACUCUGUUCUUCUACUGUAUGAAACUGUUCUGGCAGCUCAAGAGGGCAGAUUUAAUGGUGUAGGGUGUAAUUGCCAAAAGGUGGGAGAACCACCAUCCUCAGGUUUAUUGCAAACUUCUUUCUUCUGACUCCUUGCAAUGUCUUCCUUGUAUGCCUUGCAAUAGCUCAUCCAUCUCUCCACAUAAUGGUAGUUGCUGCUUUUCACAGAAGGAGGUAGCACUGGGAAUACUCCCUCCAAGUGACUUUAGAGAGAGCAAAUAACCAGAAUGAAAGAUUCUUCAUAUAAGGAAAAGAGAAUAGCUCAAAAAAGCACCAUAGGCUGAAGUGUCUUAAGAUGGGCCUGAGCCGUCUUAACAGAAGGACUAAUGACAGAGGAACAUUUAUAAUGCUGAGGAGCAAAGGAAUCUGACCAUGACAAACAGCUUGGUGCAUGUAAAAUUAGCACAGAGGUGCUGUAAGAUUGCCAGCUCUGGAGAUGCAGCUGUGAUGUCACCUACUGCAGCUACGUACUGUAGCUGUUUUAUUACAGCGCUCCUAAGUAGAAUUUAUCUUUGGGUCAGUUUGGUUUCCACUUAAAUGUAUUCAGCUCUAGAUUGAAAUGCAGAAAGCAAUGCUCCACAGAAAGCUUUGGACAAAAUGGAAAAAUGUAUUUAGCCUUUUCUGAAUGGUAGGGAUCAUUAACAUAACAACACUGUAGUAUGUUCUAAGAUGAUGCAGAUUAAACAUCAGUAUCUCUGGGAAGUAUUAUGAAGUUAGUUUGGUUUUUCCAGAGCCAGAAUCGUGCUGUUGAAUUUAAUGCAAGUAUGGGCUUUUGCUAGCACUGUGCUGGGUAUCAGCUUGGAGAGGAGAGUAAUAUAAACACGUAAAUAGGUGUAGGGAUACUUGUCUUGCUAGAAUAAAUUUCCCAAUGAUCUGCUGUUGCCAGUAAGCUCCAGAAACACUUGGGUCUGCAUGUGGCCAGGGCUGAUUCUUGCUAUUAUGUGCCAACAAACAGGGAUUUCCAGACACAGAGGCAAAGCAGUUAGAGCUAAAAAGCAUCCUUCCUGUCUGAACUAAUACAGAACACAGAGUGGCAGCUGGCAUGCAUGAGGCACUGAAAGAGAAAUCCCUGGGGAUUAAGGUGUGUGUGUGUGUGUGUGUGUAAGAUGGUAAGUAUAGGAUGGUUUGUUGACCCAGCAAAGGCACAACUUCAGUAACUCAAAACAGACUUAGACCUUCCAAGCUUUUCUGCAGUCUCAAUAUUCUUUCUCCAUAGCACUAGCCCUAGAAGCAGCCUCAUUCUGCACUACCUUCUGAGUCUUGGGUGGAUGCUGGUAUUAAUUGGCACCAUUUAUUGGAUGUAUAGAUAUAGCUAUACUUCUUUGCUGGUACAGUGAUGUGUAGUGCUGAUGUUGAUGUUUGCAGGUGGGUAGUAAGGGCUGUUUUUUGCGACAGCUUUGUGUUUUUUAGUGUGUUGCUUUUAGGUUGUGUUUUGAUUUUUUUUCCUAGUUCUGCUUCUCUAAUUUAAGGCUUCUAUGAAAGGAAGCUAAUUCUGGACUGUGAUCACACCACUCUCCUCUCCUUCAGUCCAGAACUGGCACUCAGGGCAGCAGUAAUAUGUGGGUGUAAAUCCCCAGGCUUGGCAGCCUAAAGCUGGUCUGAACUCUAAAUCCAGUAAAUCAGUUCAGCUGCAUCUAAAAAUAAGAAUUACCAACCUAAUGAUUGCCCUCUCUUCAGCACAGGUGUGGGUUCAGUACUGCACACAAUGCUUUAAGAUCUGAACAAAGUGAACAGUCUAAAAGCAGUCCAGUAAAGGAACAAGAGGCUACAGACAGUUAAAAAGCUUUUUUUUUCUUUUUUGUUUUUUUUUAACUGUAUGGUACGACUCUGCUUCUUGAGACCAUGGACUGAUGAGAGGCUGUGUACAUUUCAGUCCUGUGUGGCAGGCACAGAGGGCAGCAAGGGGCUGUGAGCCCCCCCCAGGAAGGUGGUUCCAAGUGGAUGGUGCCUGUAUCAGAUGCCUUUCUCCCAGAAUGAGCUGCCAUUUCUGUAAUACCAUCCCUUUCUUUGUUUCAGGGGCCCUGUUUUCUAAUAGUGCAGUCAGCUUUCAUUUAGGCCGUAUGAUUAGACACAGCAUGGUCAGGGAGCUCUGUCUCCAACCUGGUGAGAGCUGUAGUGGGCAUCUGUGUUCUGACAGACUGGACUUUUAACACUGAAGGAACAUUCUUUUUUUUUUUUUUUUCUCUCAUUUAUUACUUGACCUCCUUUCAGAUGUGUAACCAUGGUAAUAAGGAUGGGAUCUGAAGGCAGUGUGUUGCUUCAAAUACAUGCCAUGGCUCUAACAGUUAGUUAACUAAAGCAGUGUGUUUGCAUUUUCGUAUUUGGCAAGCAGAGAAUUUUCUUCUGUGUAGUAUCACUUAACCUCCUAAUCAAAUGUUUAUAUUAUUUGAGAAUCAAGGUAGUGGUUUUCUUCUCCAAAAAAAGGAUCAUAGGAAGGUCAUUCUAUCCCCUUUACCCUUAUCUUCCAGGCAGAGGAAGGGUGUAGCUAUUUCCAUCUGAUCUCUGGGCACAGCUCUGACAGACCAAGGAACUAGUAGGAGAAAGGAAAAAAAAAACCACAAAAACCACAGACCCAACCAACAUUAGAUCUCUAAGCGUAUGUGACUAUUUGCUAGCUUUCUGAAAGACAAAUAAGCACAGGUACCAAUUCCAAUACCAUAGGGUACUGGGGAUUGCUGCUGGUGCUGUACUCCACACAGGUAUGCUUAAGGUAAGAAACCGGUAAAGAAAAAAGCCCCCAUUUUCUAGCCUACCUCUGUACUUGCCUGGAAAUGGCAACUGCUGGCAAGCUCAAAUGCUAGGGCUGAUGCAAGGCAGCAUUUCUCUCCUUUCAGGUUACAAAGUCUGACUUGGUAUUUUUCAGUAUAUCUCACACCAUGCACGUAAGCACGCAGUAAAAACCAACCACACUGAUAGGAUGGGUAUCAGCUUCCUGGGAGAGCAGAAAGGAGUGAAAAUAUGGUGUCAUCCUGGGCAGCCCUUAGGAUCCUCCUUUUAGUAGCAAAGGAAAAGAAAGCCCAAGUGAGUAUUCCUUUCACCUGUUUUUCAAUGUUUGUAUUUUCGUCUUUGUAAGUGUUCAAUAUUAGAAAAUCCAGUGUUGCAAACCCAGAAACCAAUAUUUCCCUUAAAACCCUCCUUUGCAGAGCUUUUAAACAGCUAUAGGUCAAAUGGAUAUUUGCAAGUUCAGUCUUAAAGUUCAAGGUAACAUAAUGUGGGGUACAAAAUGAGAAGUGUUGAAAUAUCAUGAGCCAGAAGGGCAAAUCCUGAAAAUCAAAUGGGGAGAGGGGAAAUAAAGCUUUCACAGACGGUGCUUCUACCACCAACAUUUAUUUCUGUUAAAGCAGAUUAUAAAUCAUCAGUACAAAUAUAUAUAACUUACAUUUGCUUGUAAGGCCAAAGUUUAAAAGUAAAGUUAAAAUGAGAUGGAUUUCACAAGUCACCAGAGGCAGAACCUGGACCAGCUGCAGCCUUACCACAAGGUUUCACAAAUCCAUGGAAAAAAUAAAAACAAGUUAAAAAAACCUCUAAGAUCUAUUGACAGACAAACAAAAAAUGGGUUCCUAGGCAGCCCCAGGAUGUUAGAUAUGGUUACAGUAAGUUUGUCACAGUAGUGUUAGAACCAAUAGAUUAAGACAAGAAAACUGCAGCAAUACAUGGAAGAAAAAAAAAAUGUACUAUAUAUAACAUGUAGCUUGAUUCCAAUAAAAAAACAGUUAAUUUUCCCCAUGGUUUUCA